GCGGCCAGGAGGAGGCGGCGCAAUUCCGGCCUGCAGGCUCCCAUGGCGGCGGCGUGGCUGAGGGGCGCAGAGGCCUCCGCGCGGGCCCUGAGGGGCGCCUGGGGGCCGCUGGGCGCGGGCCGUGGCUUCCGGAGCAGCGCCGCCCUGGAGAAGUGCCAAGCGGGCCGCGUCCGGCCUCGGAAGGGGAACCAUCCGGUGACGUACCAGGAGGCCCACCCGCCCCACUACAUCGGCCACCGCAAGGGGUGGCUCUCCCUGCACACCGGAAACCUGGAUGGGGAGACCGAUGCAGCGGAGCGCACGCUGGAGGACGUCUUCAUCCGCAAGUUCAUCUUGGGCACCUUCCAUGGCUGCCUGGCGGAUGAGAUCGUGCUGAAGCGCCGGGCCAACGUGGUGAUCAUCUGCGCCAUCCUCCUCCAGAGUCUCCCCCCCCAUAAGAUUUACUUCCUGGUGGGCUACACGGAGGUGCUGCUUUCCUUCUUCUACAAGUGUCCCGUUAAGAUAGAGCUGCAGACCAUAUCGGAGAGGAUCAUUUACAAACACCUCUAAUCCUGGCUGAGCUUGGCGUAGGAAGAUGCUCCAUACUGGACCCAGCGGGGAUUUCUUGCUUCUCUUUGUCCUGGAACAGGCUGGUGUUUUCCAGACACGGGCGUCUCCUCCAGAGACUGGGAAAUAGAUGGAAGCACCCAGAGAUAGGAGAAAUCUUGUCGAUUAUUAGAUUGCUGAAAUGCAAACAAGGAAUAUUUGUCCCUA